GUAUAUAUUUUUGAGGUUAUGAUUACACUUAUCAGUGCCACCUUGUAAAAACUAGAAAGCAAAAGAGGCAAUAAACGGGUGAUAUAAACGGCCGUGCAUUUGAAGCAUGAAAUAUUUUAGGUUAUCUUUUCUUUUCUGUUGAUAAUUUCGGAAGAUAAAGCUCUUAUAGUGUGUUGCAUAACACAAAAAUAAAGUUACCUUACAUGUAAAGUGUUGAAACUUAUAGGGUUUUUACAAACAAAAUAUAUUUGAAUUGAAUCACAUUUAUAUUACUUUCAAGUAUAAUACUAACUUGAGUUUCCAAGUUAAUUCUAAAAUUAUUCAAGACUCUGCUAUUCUCAACUUGUAUUUUUCUGUUGUUUAAUUGUUUUAUUCAAUAACAACUUUCAGUCAAUAUGAAUGAAAUAACAGUUGGAAUCUUAACAAUUAGCGACAGUUGUUUCGAAGGUACGGCUGUUGAUUCAAGUGGCCCAAAUUUGACCACCCUUAUAAGAACAAUGCAGAGCUCAUCUUUGAAAAUUGAAGCGGUCUACAACAGUUGCUUACCAGAUGACCGUCAUAAGAUUGAGGACAUGAUAGAAUACUGGGCGGAUGAGUUGGACGUGGACCUGAUCAUCACGACGGGGGGAACGGGGUUUGGACCGCGUGACGUCACGCCGGAAGCAACCAGGACCGUGAUCGAGAGAGAGGCUCACGGGUUGACUCACCUGAUGCUUGCUGAGAGUGUUAAGAUCACACCGUUCGCCAGCCUGUACCGUGGUAUCUGUGGCAUACGUGGACAAACAUUAAUCAUCAAUACUCCUGGCAGUAAAAAAGCAUCCGCUGAAUUCGUGCAGGCAGUAAUCAAGUGUAUUCCCCACGCUCUGGCUGUUAUAAAGAACAUAGAUGUUACUGUCAAAAAAGAUCACCAAGUUAUACAGAAUGAAAGUCAUCAGGGAACUUGUCCUCAUAGCCAUAGCAAGGUGGACAUCAGUAAAGUUGCUUAUAGGCAAAGGAACCAUCAGCAUCUGUAUCCCAUGAUCGACUAUGAAGUGGCUUUGAAUUUGGUACUGGAAAAUUGCAUUUCUACCGAAUCUGAAAGCAUUGAUUUGUCAAAGGAACAAUCGAGAGCAUCAGUGAUUGGGCGCGUUUUGGCCAAAGACGUGUUGGCAGAUGAACCGUUCCCCGGUUUCAGAGCUUCCAUCAAAGAUGGCUACGCCGUGAAGGCUGGAGGAGGAGUGGGUGUGUACAGGGUGCUGGGGGAUAGCACUGCUGGAUCAACGCCAGUGGAUAGCCUCGGUGACGGGGAAGGUAAUGGGCUGGUGUGCUACCGCAUCAGCACGGGUGCGGCGGUGCCCGCUCAUAUGGACGCCGUGGUGCAGGUGGAGGACACACGGCUGGCUGAGGAGGCCGACGGCGGGCAGAGGGAGGUGGCUGUCGAAAUUAUGGUCGCGCCCCAAGCUGGCCAGGAUAUCAGGGAAAUUGGCAGUGACAUAGCUAAAGGACAGUGCGUUGCUGGGCGUGGAGAAGUGAUCUCUGGCAUUGAAAUGGGAUUGUUUGCAACUCUCAAUGUUCGAAAUUUGUCUGUUUUCAGGCAUCCAGUUAUUGGUAUAAUGUCAACUGGUGACGAGUUAGUUGAUCCAUGGACUGAAGCCAGCGUGAAGCCUGGAUGCAUCCGAGACAGCAAUAAAGUCACUCUUAUGUAUCUACUCAAAAGCAAGGGAUUCAAUGCGGUUGAUUGUGGAUCAGCUCUGGACAGUCCAAACGAUGUUCUUGAGAAGAUGAAGCAAGCCUUAUCCAAAGUUGACAUCCUGAUCACAACCGGCAGUGUUUCAAUGGGCGAAAAAGAUCUUCUGAAGAAAAUUCUUGAAACGGACUUUCAAGCAAAAAUUCACUUCGGCCGAGUCAACAUGAAACCAGGUAAACCAGUGACAUUCGCGACACUGGCCUGGGAGAACAAGGCGAAAAUGGUGUUUGCCCUGCCAGGAAACCCAAGCAGUGCCUCUGUCACGGCUCAUGUGCUUGUCUUGCCCGCCUUGUACAAAAUUGCCGGUCAUAAGUCCUUCAAACCAAAAAAGAUUAAGGCCCAGGUGCUCUCGACCAUUCAUCUGGAUUCUAGACCGGAGUUUAUGCGUGCCGUGCUCUAUUUGAAAACAGAUGACACUGGCCUAACAAAGGUGUACGCUAAAACUACUGGCGAUCAAAUCAGCAGUAGACUGGCAAGUCUGAGAGAAGCUAACGGACUUUUGUGUGUGCCUUCUCGGACGGAUUCUAUCAAAAGGCUAGAAAUCGAUUCUAUGAUGGAGGCCAUAGUCAUUGGUGAACUGAACCUAGUUUAACCUCUUUAAACCUAGUUUAAACCAGGUUAAACUCAUUCAAAUUUGUUAAACUUAGUUUCGCACUAGAUCUGCUCACCCAGCUCACCUCUAGUUUUUCAAGUUUCUAGAUCGAAAAUAAUUCAAAUAAGUAUGGUAUAGUGAGGUCUACGUUAUAAUGGCAGAAUUUGAUUAACAUUGGUGUUGCUAUCCUUGUCUAUCAUUCGACAAAACAGAUAGUGCUAUUCAUUCGUAGCUCAACAACGUUACCAGAUCGUUCUUCUUCAAUGAAGAGAUAUGAUUAACACAAUGUUUAAUCUCAAUAAUGAAUAUGUAUUAUUAAAUCAUUGAAAAAAAUAUUCUCUCACAGUUAAAGUAUAAUUGAUUAUUUUAAACAAGAAUGAACUAUCAACAUUAUAUCAGAUAUACCGGUUUCAGCUAUGUUAAUAGAAUGUAGUGAAUCUAAUAUUUUACUAUAUUUUUUACUGACUUUGUAACGUCCACCUUACUAUAUUAGGUACCAUUUGUCAUGGGAGUAAAGAUAUCUUUUGAAAUAUUGCCUGAGACCUGUGAAUUUAUACUUUGCUCAUUCAAUUGUACCUCAUGAAUUUGUAUCUAGCUCAUCCAUGGAGUGAAUGCUAAUGAUAGAUGUUUUGUCAUGAGAAACACAUUUCUCCUUGAUAACUUGUAGAAUAUAGGUGAAACUUUUGUGGUGAAAAAGAUCACUGUCGUAAAAUAAGCUUCAAAUCUCAAUCUUAUUAAGUAAUGAGAAAUUAGCUUAUCUUGGUUAGUGUAUCAUGGUUUAUACCUACUCGUACUCCAUAAAUAUAACUCGCAGUACCUUCAAAUUUGCUUGAUAAUCAAAGCCACUCAUGUUUUCUUUUCUUGCUAAUUUAAAUGUUUGUAUCUGAUGGUCAUUGUUUUCUACCUCUUUGAAUCUUAUUACAUAGGUAGUUUUUUUUUUUCAAUAAUUUUACCUGAAGAGAGAUUCAUUCUAAACUGUGGACAUUGCUUGACUGGGAAUUAUCUAUGUUAUUCAUAAUUAGUGAAAUAGUUUAACUAUUAAAUUUUGUAAAACUUCAAAGU